CUUUCUCUCUUUCUCCGCCUUUCUCUCUCUCUCUCUAUCGGCCUAUCUCUCUCUUUCCGCCUAUCUCUCUCUUUCUGCCUAUCUCUCUCUUUCCGCCUAUCUCUCUCUUUCCGCCUCUCUCUCUACGUCUUUCUCUCUCUUGGCCUUUCUCUCUCUUUCUGCCUUUCUCUCUCUUUCCGCCUCUCUCUCUCUACGUCUUUCUCUCUCUUGGCCUUUCUCUCUUUCUCCGCCUUUCUCUCUCUCUACGUCUUUCUCUCUCUUGGCAUUUCUCUCUUUCUCCGCCUUUCUCUCUCUCUAUUGGCCUAUCUCUCUCUUUCCGCCUCUCUCUCUCUACGUCUUUCUCUCUCUUGGCCUUUCUCUCUUUCUCCACCUUUCUCUCUCUCUAUCGGCCUAUCUCUCUCUUUAUGCCUUUCUCUCUCUAUGCCUUUCUCUCUU